AUGUGGAGCCCCGAGGAGGACAAGCAGUUCGAGAUGGCGCUAGCCAAGUACCUCCACGACCCGGACUGCCUGGUUCGCGUGCAGCGUCAAAUGCCGCAGCGGGACCUCCAGGCCAUCCGGCAGCGCUACCAUCUCCUGGAGGAGGACAUCCGGAACAUCGAGUCCGGCCGCGUGCCCCUGCCGUCGUACGGCACGAACCCCGGCGGAGCUGCAGAGGAUGCCAACGGGCGCAAGAAGCGCGCGUCGGACCAGGAGCGCCGGAAGGGCAUUCCGUGGACCGAGGAGGAGCACCGGCUGUUCCUGCUGGGCCUCGCGAAGUUCGGGAAGGGCGACUGGCGGUCGAUCUCGCGGCACUUUGUGGUGUCGCGCACGCCCACGCAGGUCGCGUCGCACGCGCAGAAGUACUUCAUCCGGCUCGCGUCGAUGAGCAAGAAGGACAAGAAGCGGUCGAGCAUCCACGACAUCACCUCGGUGUCGCACGCCGGCCAGCCCAUCACCGGGCAGGUCCAGGCCGUCGCCAACGGCACGGGGCGCAAGGGCAGCGGGAUGGGGUACGCGGGCGGGGCGGACGCGCUCCAGAUGCACGGCGGGCACCUCGGAUAG